AAGAGAUAUACUUAUAAAGUAAACCAGUGUUUCCGGUUCACUUUUUCGCUUUAUUUGAAGCAUAUAUUCACACUUCAUUUUCUUCACCAAGAAAUAGCAAUAGCAAUAGCAAUCAUAUACACUUUGUGCUUCUGAUCAUACAUACAUUAACAUGGCUCAAGUUCAAGAAAACAACACCCCAUUAUCAAUCAAGCUAUUCGGAGCCACAAUUUCGCCCAAACAGCCAAGAAUCGACCACGAUCAUCAGAAACCCGAUCUGAAGCGGCCAGACAAGAUCAUCCCGUGCCCGAGGUGCAAGAGCAUGGAGACAAAAUUCUGCUACUUCAACAACUACAACGUCAACCAGCCGCGCCACUUCUGCAAGGCCUGCCACCGCUACUGGACCGCCGGCGGCGCCCUCCGCAAUGUGCCCGUCGGCGCCGGCCGCCGUAAGGCCAAGCCCCCGCCCUUUUCACAAGGUUGCAUGUUCGACCCCUCAUCGCCCGCCGCCCACCAACUCGACUUCGACACCGGCGGAUUCCGGCAUGUAUUUCCCGGGAAGCGGCGGAGAUGCGCCUCCAAUAGUCAAACUAGUUGAUCAUCUCCAUCUUUAUAUUUUUAAUUUGUCAUGUAGUACAAGAUAAUUAAUAAAUAAAUUGUACAUAAAUAUUUUAUUUGCAUAAGCUUCCUCUAUUAAACAGCCUGUCGUAGUUUAUGAUUUUUA